AUAAACUUAACUAUAGUGAGUGCGAAAGUGACAGCAAAAAACAAGUUGCAAUUGUCAUAAUGACAGAAAUAAUAAAUAAAAGAAUCGCGUUUAAUUCGGUGAAAAUCUGCAAGCGAAAAGAAAAACGUAUUUCACACCGCAAUAAAUAAAAAGCAAGAAAAGAAGAAAACAAUAAGGCAAAAAGCGGGCAUCUUUCUUUUGCAAUAUAAACGGCGAAAGUUGUGCAAUCAAGAAAUUUAAAAGGGAUCUGCAUCUGACUCGCUCGUAAGCGAAUUAAAAGGGAGACGUGCGGGUUUUACAUUGCCGGCAUCGCUAGCAACGUCCAACAUUUACCAACAUCCAGCAAAGCUACCAGGGCAGAUUCAAACACAUUAAUACACACACACUUACACGCAGCGGACGUAUUUGUUAAAUAUCCUAGUUAGAAAAAUGAGUAAAAGAACGUUGUCUAAUUUAUUGGGAAAAGAAAAAAAAAAUUAUGAGGAAAAUGUAGCGAAAUUUCGCAAAUUAAAUGAAAAUGUUAACGUAGAAGGAAAUGAAAACUUUCCCAACAGAUUAGACGACGAUGAUUUUCCAUCAACAAGUAGAGUAGCUUUGCAAAAUUUAGAAUAUGAUAUAGAUAGCGGAGAUGACAGUGUGUUUUUUGAAGAUUUAGAUGUAGAAGAUGUUGAGGUAGAUAGUUAUUCAGAGGAUAGGGAUAAUAAUUCAGAAAAUGCGUUCCUUUUGUCAACCUGGGCGGUUAGAAAUAAUAUUCCUCAGAACAGCGUAGACGAUUUGCUUAGGACUCUAAAACUUAUGGGUGUAGAAGGUUUGCCACUGUCAGCUAGGUCUCUUUUAGGUACAAGUAGGCAAAACGCUAAUAUUAAAUUAAUUCCAGGAGGUGAGUUUUUAUAUAUAGGUAUUCAAUUUUAUUUAUGGGGUGCAGAAUUUAAUGUAUUGGAAAAUUGUGAGGUAGUAAAUAUUGAUAUUGGGAUAGAUGGGUUAAAGUUAUUUAAGAGUAGUAAUAGGUGUCUUUGGCCGAUUUUAGGAUAUGUCGUAGGUUCUAAGUUAGGCCCAUUUACGAUAGCGUGUUUUUCAGGGAUGAGUAAGCCAGGUAGCGUUAAUGAUUUUUUGAGGGACUUUUGUGAAGAAGUAAGGUUUUUGAGGAAGAACGGGGUUAAGGUAGGUAGCAAUCUAGUAUGUAAGCUAUUUAAUAUAAGACUAUUUAGUUGUGACGCCCCCGCUCGUGCAUUUGUUACUGGAGUUAAGUCGCAUACGGCAAAGAACUCCUGUUCCAAAUGCACGAUCGAGGGCGUCCAUACACAAAGAAGGGUAAGCUUCCCAAAGCAAGUUGGGGAUUUAAGAUCAGAUAGUUCAUUUAAAAAUAGAAUAGAUUUAAGUUAUCAUAGUUUAGAAUUUAAGCAAGCAGAAAGUUUGCUAGAAUCUUUUAACUUUGGCAUGGUUUCACAAUUUCCUCUUGAACCCAUGCAUUUAGUAGAUUUGGGUGUAACAAAAAAGUUGCUCCAGUUACUUAUCAAGAAAGGUAACGUUACGAAAAUGAAUGAGAAGCUUUUGCUUCUUAACAGGUUCGUACCGUCUGAGUUAAGCCAGCUUAGCCGAGACCUUGACCAGAUAAGUAAUUGGAACUCAACUGAAUUCCGGCAGUUUUUAUUAUAUACCGGGAUAUUUGUUUUGAAAGACUGCAUUAAUGAAGAUUUAUAUUAUCAUUUUCUUUUACUACACGCCGGAAUUCGAUUUCUCUCUUGUGAGAAAUCUUUUAACGUAGAAUCGAAGGUCGCCAACGAAUUGUUAAAGGAAUUUGUUGAUUUGUUCGGAAAAAUUUAUGGCGAUCAUCUAAUAAGUUAUAAUGUUCACGGGUUGUUACACCUUUCGGAUUGUGUUAGAGAAUUUGGUCCUUUAGACAAUUUUUCCGCGUACAAAUUUAAGAACUACAUGCAGCAUUUAAAAAAAAUAAUUAAUAAACCUAAUAAAAUUUUGCAGCAAAUGUUUUUCAGAAUAUCGGAAACAUUAAAAAUUUCAGAUUCUAGUAAACUUUCUAAAAACGACCUUUUUAUAAUAGAUUUUAACAAAGAUGAAGAUAGUUAUUUUCAAUGUAAUAAGGGGCCCAUUAAAAUUGUUGAAUUAGAUAAGGAAACCAACAGUUUUAAAGCGCUCCUUAUUUCUAAUUUAGAAAACUAUUUUAUCGAGCCAGUAGAAUCUAUGUCAGGGCUAGGUAUUUGUAUAGGUGAAAUAUUAAGUAAUGUAGUCCUAAUUAGUCGUAGUGAUAUAAGUUAUAAAUAUUUUUGUAUAAAUGAUAGAAAUAAGCUUAUUCUUGUCCCCAUUCUACAUAAUUUAUUUCGAUCUUUUUUAUAAUGUAAAUAAUAAACUAAAAUAAAUAGCUGUACAUAAAUAGAACAAACUAAAACUUUGAAAAAAUUAUUAACUCUUUUAAUACUUGAAAUAUAUGUUAUUAACUUAAAAACCUUCCUAUUAAAUUAGAUGUUAUAUUGGGCAAAGAAAUAACAUUUAAAUACUAAUGCUCUCUUGAAUUAACUUUCGAUUUUAAAUUAAUGCAAAAACAAAAAUACAUUUCUCAUUAAAUUAUUAUAUUAUAUAUUGUACUAGCGAAAACCCGCCCGUUCCGCUGGUCGUCUUUAAAAAAAUCUAGAUUAAUUAAUUAAAUAAAACCGAAAAAUACUGUGUGUUUUUUAUAAAAACUCUCGCACAUGAAAAAUAACGAAAGAAGUUUUGAAUAGUAGUAGCAAUUAAAAAACGUUUGAUGUGAUUUACUUUAUUACUUUUUUUAUUGUAAUGCUCUUCUUCGUUUUUCCAUGCGUUGUUGAAUAAAUGAACAAUACCGAUGGCUUACCAACUCUGGAGCAUGAAACAUAAAGUUGGCCAUGAGAAACCACAAAUUGAUAAAGUUUGGCCUUGUGACUUUAAUAGUAAUCGCGAAUGCAAGGCGAACAGGAAAUUGAAGACGUUUGAAUUCAAACGGCAUAUCCGAUCCGACAUAUUUCAAAUAUUUACUCAAAUAAUAUUCUAAAUAUUUACUCAAAUGGUUGUUUUUAUCAGAAAGCAAUUUUAAAAACGUGGUUUUCUCUGGAGAAAAAAUACUCACUUGUUGUUUGCUUGAAAAUCAGAUCAGAAAGAAAGUUUGAGCGCUUCGUUGUUCCGUUCUGCCUUUGCAUAGAUGCGCUCCCCUUUACACAUAAACAACAACAUCAAUCGUAUGAUACAUACACUUCGUCGUGUACGAAAAAGCGGAGAAGGAGAAGAGAACUGUUAUAUUCCCCUCCGCUUUAACCCAGCUAUGUGUUCAGGUGCAAAUGACUUUUUUGCGUGAAGUCUGAUAUAAAAUAAGUUCUAUUUACUCUUCUUAAAUUUAUAUAAACUUUUCCAGGCGAAAUAAAAAAAACUGACAUAUAUUUGCUUCAACCGUAUAUUUGUGAGUACACAGGUAAUACGUAAAUGUAUGAAUGAUAUAGGUAAUAUCUCAUAUUAGCAUAACCUUUCUGAAAAAAAUUAAGGAAACGAUCACCAAUCACGCCGGCAAUGAUACAAUGAAUUUUUCACUAUAACUUACUUCAGAUUAACGUUUAUAUAAUAAGCGUAUAUGUAAUAUUUUAAAAUUUUUUUUUUAAUUUUUUUUUAAUUAUUAAUAAUAAGUGGUCUUCCUCUUCCUCAUCCUCUUCCUCUUCCUGUAGCUAUUCCUUUUCCUCUUCCAUCUCCCGCUCCAUCUCUUUUCUUUAUCCCGGAAACGGGCAGUAAAAAUUACUUCACUUAAAAGCUUUCAUCAACAGCUUCCAUCUGAUACCCAUAUUGUACAAACACAUCCAAGGGUACCUUGGUCCACCUUUUCGGCUAUAUCUCGAGACCCUGGUAACUCAGAGAUCUAAAAAAUACUCUGAAUUAAAGCACUCAUCAGUAGCUUUGAUUUGAUACCCACAAUGUAAAAACACAUCCUAGGGGUACCCGGGUCCUCGUUUUGGCCUUCGGCAGCGCCACCUGGUGGCGAGUGGAAUCAAUAAGCAUAUUAUACUAACCUUCACCGUGAAAAAAUAUAUAUAUAUACCAAAUUUCAUAAUAAUCGGCCCAGACACACACGGCCAAAAUGUAUUCAAUUCUAAUGAAUGCUUAAACGCCUUGCUGAGAUUACCGGAGACAAAUGCACACUUUUUUUCGGCUUAAUUUUUAUAUAUAUAGAUUAAUUUUCUUUAGAAACUAAAAAUUAACUA